AUGGUGAAUGGGACACAAAUCGUCAAGGGAAACGAAACCGUGCUGGUUCCGGAGCUUUCGGACGCCGGGAGUUAUCAUUUUUCUCUCAGAUUUUAUGGGUUUGAGACCAACUUCUACCACACAGAGUACGGAACAGGGUUCCCGAUGCGAAUCGAGUACAGUAUGCUGGUCACCACCAUAGGAUGCCGCUUCAGGAACGAAACAACGGACCAGUGGGAAGGGACAGGGUGCAAGGUCAGCCCCAAGUCCACCUUGGCUGAGACCGUCUGCCUGUGUAACCACCUGACGAUGUUCGCCACCGACGCGUUCGUCCCGCCCAACAGCAUCAACUUCGACACGGUGUUCAGCAAACCCAUCCACAGUAGCGGCAUCGUCCUGUCCACCGUCAUCUUCCUGUGGCUCAUUCUCUUCGUGGCGAUGAUGUACGCACGGCUGGCCGACAUCAAGGACCGCAAAAAGUGGGUGACGUCCUCCCUCCCUGACGACAAUCCUUACCACCAGUACAAGUACGAGAUCACAGUAUACACCGGAACGGCACGCAAGGCUGGCACCAGGUCCAGGAUAGCUUUUCUCCUGUGCGGCCAGGAUGGUGACACCGGUGUACGCAUCUUUGACCACAGGAAAGAUGUCUUCAAGGCCGGAAGCGUGAACAAGUUCCUGAUGAGCACACCACGUGACCUGGGCCCCCUCACGCACAUGCGCAUUUGGCACGACAACAGCGGGCAGUGGGAGCAUGCGUCCUGGUUCCUCGGAAGGGUCAAAGUUCAUGACCUUCAAACGGAACAAAUCUCCCAGUUCCUGUGUAACGGCUGGCUAGCCGUGGAGGACCCAGCAGGAACCGACCGCGUCCUGCCGGUGGCUAGUCCUGACGAGCUGACAUCACUAGGCCACCUGUUCCGUACAUCUGUACGCCACGUGCUGACGGACAAACACCUGUGGUACUCCAUCCUGUCCCGUCCGACCCGCAGCACCUUUAGUAGGGUGGAGAGGAUAGCCUGCGGCAUGUCCAUGCUCUUCAGCGCUAUGGUGGCCAGCGCCAUGUGGUACAGGUCUGACGACAAUGCUGAGGGCCAGAACGGCCUGAAGAUCGGUCCGUUCUCCUUCACAGUGACGUCACUCUACGUCAGCUUCAUGACGACGCUGACGGUCUUCCCCAUCAACUUCGUCAUCAUCCGGCUCUUCCGCAAAACCAGGAGGAACAACGCUGUGGCGCCAGACGAUGUGGAAGAGGAGGAAGAACCAACCGCAUACGCCACCGCCCACCAUGACGGACGCAGCGUGCCAGACAGAGGAGUGCGACAUCGUCUUUUUCAACCUUGA